UGAAAUACAUUUUCGAAAUUGAACUCAUUGCUUAGUCAAUCUAACGUUCUUUUUUUUUUUUCUUCUUCUUCUUCUUGCUGGAGGAUUUGGCCUAGUCAAUCACAGAAAACGCUUCGUGGAACGAUUAUUAUACCGAUAAAAGUUGCGCGGAAAUUGAGGGUCAAUUGCGGGUAUGCGAAUGGCGCGCAAAGUCCGGCGUCAAAUCCGCGGCGAGAGAGGAGGGCAGUCCCCGCCCAGAUGAGAGACAGAAGCUGCGGAAAAAAAGAAAGAUAUCCCGUGUACGCGCGGGAAAAGUUCUCAUAAAGUGUGCGUUCAUAAAUUUUUCCUCGUCUCACUUCUAAAAGAAAAUUUCGUCACCUCACCUCACCUCAAAAUUGUUUUUAAAAAUUUUCCUCAGCUCACCUCACCUAAAAAAAAUGUUUGAAGAUUUUCCUCACUUCACCUCAAAAUUUUCCUCACCUCACGUUACCUCGAACAUCACCAGAAAAAUUGGCCCUCACCUCACCUCAAAUAUUGUGAGGUGAGGAAACCCUCGCACGCCCUCGUGAGGGUGCCCACCUCUGCAGCUGAGCGACUGUGAGGGGAACCUGCAAGCACAAGCGCAUUGUUUAUAGAAAAUACAUGGUCUUGAGAUUUGUAGGAGCAGCCACACAUAUACUUUCUUAGUACGCAAUGGCACCAGCGAAGUAGCAAUGCAAACAAGUCCGAGUUGUCAGAUGCAUGCGAUACGAAUAAACAGAUUUUUCCUCAAAAUAAAGAGCUUACCUGUGAAAAAUUAUCCCUCUUUCUCUGUCCGUGUGAACUGUACUCAAAGCUGCAACAAACUGGCAUGACAUGCCCUUUAGUUUAAAGUAAAUCUUAAAAAAUAUGGGCGCCCCGCUUGAACUAAAUGCAGACGACAGAAUGCGUUGGGCCCACUCGUGACCUGUAUGGUGACCGGACAUCCCAAAUGUCCUGGCCACACUGUGGCUGGCGAACAUGGCGACACCUAAAACGAAAUUGUCCGAACAACAAACCGAAGUUUCAAAUCCUUUCUCUUUCGCUUCGUUCGUGGGACAAAAGCUGACAGAGUCGAAAGGUGAAGACGACAUUUUCGAUGAAAUGUUAGUUGCAGCUUUGCGAAGCUCUGCACGGCCGACAUCCAGAAACAGCCUUAUCGUCGUCGACGACUCUGAUGAUCUGGUUUUAUCGGAUGGUAUGAAGCGGCCAAAAUCCUUGGACGUGAUUACACAUUCUAAAGGGCAUGUAGACAGCCGUCGCCUGUCGUUCCAAACUAAGUUGCCAUUUGACGAUGUGAAAGGGUACGUAAUCGAUGGAGAUUCGGAGGAUGAAGAUUUCUUAGAGGCACCAAGGAAAGUUCUAGCAUCUGAGCAUGAAGCAAAAGGUGACGUUCUCAUCAACACGGCUUCGAAAUACAAGGACAGAUUACGUGAGCUUGAGGAUGAAAAUGAGAAGCUGAAGGAACAGAUCUCUGAAGUUACUCGGGUAAAUGACCUUAAUCUAACCAGGUUACAAUGUCUCGAACAGCAGUUACAAGAGCAAGAGAAAAAAGAGCGAGAAGAAACGGCAGCGCUAGAGAAAAUGGUGCAAGGUGUUGAAAAGAACUUGCAGAGGGCCAUGGAAAGGGCGACAUCUGCUGAAGCACUCUCGACGAGUCUAAAACAGGAACUUAAGGUACUCCAGGCGUCUUACAAACAGCUUGAACACGAGCGAGACAUGCUGAAGGAGAAUAGUGUUUCCACAACAGCGACAGAUGUUGCCACAAAGCUGUGGCUUGCAGCUGAUUCUGCGGAGGCACAGCUGAAAUCACUCAUGGAGGGCGUCGGUCACCUACGACUGUACUCUGAUGUUCUGUCAAGCAUCUCUCGAGUGCAGGAGGAGCCAAGUUGAUGCACAACCAGCAUGCUAUGGCAUCAUCAUUGUUACAUGUCGUCGUCAGUAGAUUUCUGACAGUGACACAUCACAUUGUGCUACAUAACACUGUGCGUGUAUACAGAGCUCAGCAUAUGCUCCUUGUGCUCGUCAAACCUAGUGUGUUGGUGCCCUUCCUUCUCAUGACUUAUUUCAUUUCUUAAGCCACCUGGUAGGGGGCUAGAUCCAGCUGCCAGUUAAACUUCAUGGUCACAGUGGCUGUUGAAAGGUGAUCUUUGACAUAUUUCACUGGUCAGCCCUUUAGGGAAACUUCUGUGAUAUUUGACUGAUAAAAUGGCACAGAUACAGGCAAGCUGGUGGACAAAAUUCUUUGAAGAUGAAACCUGAGCUCAGGCUUCACCUUCAAUAUAUUCUUCGAUAUUGUCUGUCUUCCCUGCCACCUUCAUACUUAAACUGCUUUGUCUGCCUUCCUUCCAGUUGUCUAGAACAACGGCACAUUGCCUUAGCUGGAGGUUAUAUGUUAAGGCUGCAAGAACGAGUGCACACAUGCAGUAACUUUAUAAAAUUGUGUAAAUACCGUGCUAUUUACCAGCUGUAAAUACUGUGCUGCAUACCAUUACAGAGUGGGAUGUGAACUUCCUGAGACUGUGGACAUUUUUUAUUUAUUUUUAUUUUUUGCUCUUUAAAUAUAUUUAAAUUUUUAUA